GUCCGUGCCCACGUUCUGGCAGCCGGCAGAGUUUUCCGUCCCGUGUCGGGUCAACAUCGCAGACCUCAUGGAAGCAGCGGAGGAAACUCUCACUUACCGAGAUGGCCCCGGACCUCACAGGAUGCUGCUCCCAGAGGAUAAGGUUAAGGACACCGAGGUACAUUUUGAGACAAAAAGACAGUCCAACUAUGUGGAUUUGGACACGAGACCGGACGGCGCCAAGACUGUGAAAGUAACAUUUACCGGCGAGGGGAGCCAGCUCUCUGUCAAAAGUGACGGUUCGAGGCAGGGGCUGCGCGGACCAGCCUCUGUGGAUUCUGUGGACUCUGUAGACAUGGGCGGCGUAGUUGACCUGAGUGGACCCACUGUGAAAACUCCAGCUGAACUUUCCUACGAGGAGGACUCCGGGGAUGAGACGCGGCUCCAGGCAGAAAUGGACCCGAGCGACUACAGCGAGGGGGACGAGCUCCAGUACACGGACAUGUACCUGAACAGCCGAACCGAGUCGGACGACGGUGCCAGCACGGUUCUGUCCGAGCACAGUGGCACGGACACGCUAAAGGACGAGUCUCACUAUAUCACCACGCAUGAAAUCCAACUGACUGAACUUGAUCACGACGUUGAUUACGACCUGGGCCGCGGUGCCAGCUGGGACUUUGAGGAUGACAACUUGGUGUACUCCUUUGUGGAUUACGCCUCGUUUGAAAGCGACGACACCCGAACUGGGACUCUGAUAUUGGAGGGCAGGCGUCAGGUUGCCAAACUCGGUGUGAGCACCGAGCAGGAUGACAGCGAUUUUUGCGACUCGGAGAAACGCGCCAGCUCAGAUGAAAGCUUGUGCAAAAACCACAUCAUCGGAGACAAAAUCCACCUGUCGAUCAAAUCCUCCAAAGAGGAGCCUGUCGGCAUUACGGACGUGGGUGCCGAGCGCUUUGGAGACAGGAGCCACUUCUCUUUCGUGAGAGCGGGACCUUUGGGAGAUAACAGAGCCAAGUAUUUUAUCCCCGCUCCCGGCCGUCAGCACCUUGCAACCAAACUAAGACGGAAGGACAUUAAUGAAUAUUCCAGUGGCGCCUCCAGCUCCAUCAGUGAGCUGGAUGACGCCGAUAAAGAGGUGCGUAAUUUAACCGCCAGGUCAUUCCGAAGCUUGGCGUGUCCUUACUUUGAUACGAUUAAUUUAAGCACUUCAAGUGAGUCGUCCAUGUCGGAAUACGAUCUAAACAAGUGGUCUGCUUACGUGGAUUGGAAUUAUGGACACAUCCCGCGGGGGGCAGAGCGAAGCGUCAUUGCGCACAAGACCUCCAGCGCCACAUUGGAAAUGAAUGAGACGGUUGAAAGUAGAAGAGACACACAGGGUAGUAAGAGACUAACUUUUCAUCAGGAAGCAUCUUUGUGCAAAGGUGCGGAGACAAAAGAUCAGCGAGGGGUCACGUUGAAUGUUCAGUGCAAUUUAGACACACAAGCAGCCACCAGGCGACCCAAAAGUAGCAAGAGCAGGUCCGGGGAGGUGCAUGGAGCAGUGUUGGCCAGGUCAGGCUGUGAAAUGCAGUAUCACCACACAGACAGCACAGGCAGCACACAAAAGAGGGCCAUCUUUGCGUCGAGCCUGCUUAAAAAUGUCAUCUCCAAAAAGAUGCAGUUUGAGCAGGAGCGCAAGAUGGAGAGAGGUGAGAUCUCAGACACAUACCCCGCGCUCUCCCCUUGCUUUCUGGAUGGGGGGAAUGACAGGAGGGGCUUUCAAAGGCAGAAUUCUGAAUCGGGCUCAGGUUACACAAAUUCUGGAGACGACCAGGCUUUCGAGGGCAGCAGGCCUAGUUCUUGUGAGCCCGCAGAAGAGCAGAGAAGCACCGAUGCGAUAGAGGAUUCAGGCGAAAGGGAGCCUAAAGCGGGGCUCAGUCACAGUCAAAGCAGCGCGUUUAAUUCCUGGAGGGAUGAUGAAGCAGUGAAGGAGGCUGAGCUCUCUGCAGCUGCAAAGAAAGCGAAGGAGGAAUCAGACAGGAGCAACAUGCUCACUAAACUUCUUUUCAUGCCGAGCUGUCGGCGUUUCUCCAAAGAGAAGGAAAGCGCAGACUGUGAGACGAUGCUCAAGACAGGAAACACACCUGCUAAAGAAGAAAGCGACAAAAGCGGGAAAACACCUGAGAUCAAAAUAUGUCUGAGAAGUGUGAAGGAAAAUAAAGGAGGGGCCCUGAAUAUUGCCAACCUGUUAACCCCUAAAAUAAGCUCCCUCAACACAUUUCGGGGAGCAGGUGAUGCCAAAUGCCAUAUUUUAUCUGCUUCGGAUAAGAUCCCAAAUUUUACCGUUCGAGACGUCAGAGACACCAAGUGCAAGUUUCAAACGCCAAUCUACCGUGUCCGAGACGUGCGUAAACUGGUGAAAAGCUCGUAUCGCUUUGUUUCUUUGCAUAAUAGCGACAGUAAAGGUGCACUUGAACCCGCCGAAAAGCUUGAAGAGAAAGCCAAAAAGGAGCCAGUGAAACAAGUGUCGCCUUCUCCCAUUGUUAUUAAAUGCCACUCAGUGAAAACAAAUAAAUCACCAAAAGAAACAGAAGCUGAUGUGCUGCCACAGUGUGCUACCAGCAAAGUGUCACCUGUCAUACCAAAGCAACCUAAUCCUGACCAGUCCGAAGCUGAAAAACUAGUAAAACAAAGGCAGGAGAAGUUUGCGAGCGAGGCAGCCGACAAGAGAGUCGAGCCCAGAAUUCCCAAACAAGCUGCAAUAGAAAAACUCAAAGCUGCUGUCAAAACAAUGGAACAGCUUUAUGUUUUUGACCGAAACGAAUGGAAACGCAAAGCUCAGCCUCCGCAGCCAAUCAUGGGCAGCCAUGUGCUGUCACUCAUCGCCCAUGAGGAGCAAGGAGCAGAAGAAGAAACAACAGCAGAGCCUGGAACGAGCGAAGAAGGCCCGGUGAACAUUACACAUGUUCGUCGCAAUGACGAGUCAGCGCAACGCAAAACUUUCAGCAACAAAAGCGUCCUUCACCUCGGCAAAAGCAACAAGGCGCACGUCAGCAUUAGCUCGGUUGCUAGCCCUGUACACCAAAGCUCGUCUUUACAGUCUAUGAAAAGCUCCAAGACACCAGCCGCACCUCUCUCUGUGAAAAUAGAACCUGCGAGACAAGAGCAGGUGGAACAGAGAAAGGUCCAAAUCAGUCCCACUAAUCCCAGCGUCACACAAAGUGACUCUGAGAACUAUUUAACCAUACCGGGCCUGGCGCACACCAAUGAGAUCAAAGUGGCCAACAAGGAGACAGCUUACACAGAGAUGAAGCCAAGCAUCAGCCAACAGGUUGACGUCAAGACACCCGAGCAGAAAAGAUUAUUCAUGUCUGAGUGCCCAGCUUCAUCUGUCUACCACCACCCUGUAGCCGGCCCGCAAACACAGCGAGUGUUGCGUUUCUCACCACCUUUUGCCACUCUGUCACCUCCACCUCCAGAGGCAGGCCUUCAAACACAGCGCAAAAUGCUCCUCGACCCAACCACAGGACAUUAUUAUCUAGUAGACACGCCAGUCCAGACCACCACAAAGCGGCUGUUUGACCCAGAGACAGGUCAGUACGUGGAUGUGCCGCAUUCACCCGUGGCGCCGAUCGCACCAGUUACCCCCGUCCCCCUCACAUUGCCACCCCUGGCCCUGAGCCCGGGGGCAUUCGCACCCACCUACAUGAUUUACCCGGGAUUCAUCCCGUCGCCCACUCUGCAAGGUCAGGCCUUGCUGCCGCCGUCUCCCAGUCACUCUGAAGACAGAAGAGAAAAGCUGAAAAACACCACAACCGCAAAGCAGGAAGUGAACGCUCUGUCAGCAGAGAGCCCCUACUACAGCGCCACGGCCGAGGCCCCGCUGGGACACAUGAAGCCACCUUCGGUCGUAGGAAGCUCAGACAGGAAGCCGAUUAUCAGCAUCACAACGCAACAAGGUCCAAGAAUUAUCGCCCCCCCUUCCUUCGACGGAACAACAAUGAGCUUUGUGGUGGAGCACAGAUGACCAAAAAGACACCUCAUUGCACAUACGUCCACAUAGAGAAAUCUGCCUUCAAUCAACCCCAGCCAGCAUUUUGUUCUUCAAGACACCCUCUAACCAAAGUCAAUUGGAGUUUUAUUAUCUAUGCAUGGCAGCAUUUUGCAAGGUAAAAAAAAAAACACAAUGUAUGUUGCGUUACCAAUCUGCUACAAUUUAGGUAAAAAGUCACUUGCUCACCAGAAAUAAAGAAAAGGAAGUAAAACAUACAGUAUUAAGGACAGGGACCAUUUGUCUGAAGUGAAGUCAGCUAUAUGUGAAUUUAGAUAUUAUUUUUAUAUAUAGAUUGUGUCAUGACAUUGGGGUGUUGUUCAGUACUAUCUGGUCACGUUGACAAUAGCCAACUGUUUACAAGUUGAAAGCUCAUGUUCCACUCGAAGUACAUGCAUUCUCUGCGUCAUGACUGCCAGGAUGCUGUUUCCACCUGCACUACUGUAGCAAUGGAUGAAAUGUGUGAAAUGGGUGAGGUGUGUUUUAUAAGAGAAUAAAGCUUGCACCUUAAAUGACACUACGAGAACAAAACACACUAAGUGUGUCGAACCGACGAAGUGGAGCCGGGACUCCUUUUAGAUUUUUAGUGGAUAAUUUGCUCUAUUUGUGUUUAUUUUAUGUUUACACUUUUGAAUGUAAUGAGGUCGGAGUCCGUGUAUCUGCUGCAUGCAUGUAUAUGUGUGUGUAGGGGACGGGGGGCGGGGGGGGGGGUUGCUACACAUGCAAGGUGUAUCAGCAUUCUGCAAGCAUACAAAGAGGAGUCAUCUUACUUCACAGUGAACAGGCAAGUGUCCUCACGAGACUUUUGUAGGAAACUCGACAAUAUGACGACUCAAUUUUCGGUGAUUAACCGUCAAUUGAGCAUCAGUAAACCGGGGCCUAUCUCGGCGGACUUCGGGCGCGAGAGGCGAGGUAGACCCUGCGCUGGUCGCCAGCCAAUCGUAGGUCACAUACAGUAUAGACAAGCAACCAUUCACGCUCACAGUCAUACCUGUGGAGAAGUUAGAGUUUUCAAUGAACCUAACGUGCAUGUUAUUAGAAUGUGGGAGGAAGCCAGAGCACCCGGAGAAAAACCCACGCAAACACCCUUAGAAAAUGUUCUCAUUUGGACCAUGAACUAGUUGAGCCUAAAUCAACAACGCCUUUGCUAUUUUUAGCCAAGUAAUGCACUCCGUUUGUCCAUGACUUCAAGACACGAUCAAUCAACCCUCACUUCCCCACAAUCGGCGGAACUCUUUCGAAACAAUGAAUCAAUUAAUAUGCCCAUUCCUGCUGGACACCCCAACUAUAGUUUGUGUGACUCUUUACAAUGGAUUACAUUUUUUGUACAAAAUCCUACAAAAGUCUUGUGAGGACAGGCCUGUUCGUGUUCUUUUACACUGAACACUACGAUCAUCAACUUGUGAAAACAAUCCUUAACACGCCUCCAAUGUGCAUUAACUUAACAGCAUUCGCAGACCACAUCCAAGAUUAAUUCAUUCAUAGACAUUUUUCUCUAAUAUUACACUAUGAAUAUGUAUCGAGCCAUUACAGAUUAUUCACACCAGCCCCUAUCCCAUGUAAGAAUCAUCCAGACUGUUGUUUUAGCAGGUUUCCAACCUAAUGUAUUAAAGGUAAUUGGAUCUGCUGGUCAGUCUAUUUGCCUUUGUUGUGUAGAAUGCACAACUUUAUUUAAAUUGCCCUAUAUACGAGCUUGUAUGAGUGUGUAGUAAUUUGUAAGGAAUUUUGGGAGAAUGGAUAGUUUGCUCUUUACUGCAACUUAACUGGAUGCAUUCGGAAGUGCAAUGGUGCACAAAAAGUGUCUAAUGUUUAUCCCAAUCAAUCAGUGGAAUCCUGUAAUUUGUGAACUAGUGCAAAUAAAUUGUAUUGGUAACUAUAUUGCCUUUAGAUAAAACCUCUGAAAGGUAUAUGUGGCAGAAAAUUAAUGCAUAUCCCUAACCUUUAGCUCUGUAUGCUUUACUGCCAAGUUGUGAAAAUGUGGCUCAAAUGUUUCUUAUUGAAUUAUUUAUUGUAAAACAUUGAUUAUAUGCAUUUAAUUGACCCUGAUGAAAAUGAUUCUCUGUUCAACCUGUUGUAUUUAUAAUAUGCACAUAAAGGCCAUACAUGUGCUGUUUUAGUCUGUUAUAUAAUUUGUAUCAAUGAAUAAUAAUGUACUUAAUGCACUUGGAUUGUCUCUGUUCAACAUUGACAGUGAUGAAUGACUGUAUACUUAGAGAUAGCAGGCACUUUUUUUGAUUAUUGUAUCCCAAAAUGUCAAAGUAACAUAAAUAAAAUAUUCUUAAAAGUUAAACAAAGCAGUUUACUAUAAGGAUUAAUAUUAAGUUCAAAACAAAAGGCUAUCUGGAUGCUAGCUUGCAAACAAAGUGGGUUUUUGAACGUCUUGAUGGUUUGAAAAAGGUGAAAAGAGGAUCUGCUGUAUUGUAGUGACAUCAUAAUGCGAUGGCGUUGUUCCGGUGCACAGUGUGAUCUGUGUGGCAUGUGGAGAAAAACAA